AGUAGCAACGCUACUGGUCAGGAAAACAGGGCUCCUGAGCUUGCAGAGCUGGGAAUUAGACCUCUUGCUGUAGAAUACAUUGCAGGACACAGUGGCCAAAGAUGUCAUGGCUGAGCUAGCAGCAGUAGUAUUCCAGGAGGGCAUAGCAUAAAGUAGCAGAGGAACAGGGCACAGCCUUCUUGACUGAAAUGUAGGACAUCGAUCUUUCCCUGUAGCAGAUGAUCUUUACAACAGACAAGGAGAGCCAGACUUCUCCACCAUCAGUGAUGCCUGGAUGCUACUCCCUUCCGGAAUCUUGCAGAAGUCUGCCAGCAAAAUUGGUCUUUGUAGGAGGACAUAGUCUCAGGAAGUUUCCUCAAUGUCCGUACUGUAUGUUUUGUCUGCACAGCUGAAGCACUUGCAAUAAGUGAGAGAUGAAAGCUGUAGAACUCCCAGAAUAUGGCAAGUGAUUACAGUUACUGAACCUCUGACCUGGGGUUUACUGACAUGCAAGCUGUUCUCUCUAAUUACAGAGUACAGAUCCAAAACUUAAAUCCUGCAAAACUGGAAAACAGGGAACACAUUGCCAGGAAGAGUACUUAUGGAUGUCUGUUCGAUGUUUGCUGUGUAGUUUUCGAGACUUGGAUACAGGAACCAAAGAGAAUUUUUGUUGGAUCAAUGGACUGGAAACAGACCAAUGACGGAUGCCUGAGCAAAGGAAAUAAAAAAAUCUAUGCAAUUAAUAAACCGAAGCAAAUCUUGAACCAGAGGCAUGAUAGCUGCACUUUAAUUCAGAUGUGUGAAAAUCUAUAAGACCAGAGGAUUAGAUAUCACCUGCAUCUGACCAAGAGUCUUGUGGGUCUUUGAAACAAAACAAGAAGGUUUCUGUUUUUAACCUAGAAAAUCUGAAGGGAUACUUGGGUCAAAAAAGAACCAGAAGUGAUUUAUUAACUGUUAGAAAAUCAACAGGAGGCUCAUGAUUUCUUAACAUUUUUGGCUUGCAUUUCUUUCCAAAUGUUCUUUUACAUCACAGAGUUUUAUCUCUAUAGAACUACUGACUUUCCGCAUACUACAAGUUACACUGCUACAGUUCCAGUGUCUGAAUUCUGGAAACUUCAGUUUCUUUUUCCACCUGUCCCUUAUUCAUCUAUUGUGCCUCCCCUUACUUGGACAGGGAAUAAUGGCAAAUUUAAUACCCAAAACAAUGAGGCAUAUUCUAGAUGGAAUGAAGAUGGAACUGUCAGAAGAUGAUAGUGUAAUUCUCAGUGGCUAUCGGUCACGAGACCCAGAUGUUGAUCCUGAACAGUCCCCACCAAGCCUGCGAGAGGAACUUGUCGAAGGUGGCAUCUACACUGUUUCUCAGCGGCCAGUACAUUCACACCAUGGCAUCAACAAGGGACACCAUGUGCUGGGGGUGGAGAAUGAGGUCAAAAGUGUUACUAGUGAGAUGGUGAAGGUUCACUUACUCAAAGCUGGCACCUUGGAGAAACUUGUUCAACACCUCCUUGAAUUUCGAAAACUUGGAGAUGCAUCGUACCUUGCUGUCUUCCUUGCCACAUACAGAGCUUUCACCUCCACAAAGGAAGUACUUGAACUACUAUUACACAGAUUAGAAAUCUCACAAAAUGGAGAGCUGCAGUCAGAAGAGGAAGAACAGAUACUCAAAACCAUCUCAUCAGUAUUCUCAUCCUGGCUGGAGCAGUACCCAGAAGAUUUUACAGCAGACCUAGAGUUACCAUUAGUACAGCGACUGGCAAGGUACUUUCAGCAGAAACUUAAAGGAUCAGAGCCGGAGCGCCGCCUGCAGGCCUUGGUGAAACGGAUCCGGUCAGCUCCUUUCUGCACAACAGCUGAAGAGUAUGACAAGGAGGACACCUGCUCAGUGACAGGGUUCGAAGCAGUAACAAGUGCCACAAAAGAGGAGGCAUCAAAUGUGCUGGCUUUCCUGGCAGAUCAAAUUGCAGGACAGCUAACUAUGUUAGAAGCGGAACUGUUCCUGAAGGUUGUUCCAUAUCACUGUCUUGGCUCCAUUUGGUCAAAAAGAGACAAGAAAGGCAAGGAGCACCUAUGUCCAACCAUCAGGGCCACAGUACGCCAGUUUAACAAAGUUACAAAUGCCGUUAUCUGUUCUUGUCUAGGCAAUCCCCUUCUUCGUCCCCAACAGCGGGCACGCAUCUUUGAGAAGUGGAUAAAGGUGGCAGAGGAGUGUCGAGCCCUGAAGAAUUUUUCUUCGCUCUUUGCCAUCAUUUCUGCCCUGCAGUCAAACCCAAUCCAUCGUCUGAAAAAGACUUGGGAUGAAACCUCACGAGAAAGUGUUCGCAGUUAUGAGGACUUAGCUGAAAUCUUCUCUGAGAAGGACAACUACUCUCAAAGUCGAGAACUGUUAAUUAAGGAAGGUACAUCCAAGUUUGCAGCACCUGACCACAAUCCAAAGAAACAGCACAAGAGAGGCAAGGACCAGAAACCUGAGAGCAUAGUCCAGGGAGUUGUCCCCUAUCUUGGGACAUUUCUGAAGGAUUUUGUUAUGUUGGACACUGCAGUCAAGGACUACCUGGAGAAUGGCUACAUCAACUUUGAGAAGCGCAGAAAGGAGUUUGAAAUCAUUGCUCAAAUCCAUCUGCUACAGUCUGCCUGCAAGCACUACAGUUUUGAACGAGAUGAACAGUUUCUACAGUGGUUCAACAGCAUUGAAAUGCUGAGUGAGGCAGAGAGCUAUAGACUGUCAUGUGAGGUGGAGCCCCCAGGAGAGCCAAGCACACCGCAGAAAAAUCCAAAGCCAAUGCCACUACUGGUCAUCACACACUGUGCUGAUAUUAUUACCUCAAUUGGUGGUCCCAGUCACAUAGCCUGGGACAAACCUAGUACACCACAAACUCCUUCUGAAAGCGCCUUUGAAUUUCCUGCACAAGCUGGCCCUGAACAGAAGAUGAAGCCUUCAAACUUGUUUCUCACAAAGCUGACAAAGCACUCAAGAUGUCCUUCUGUCUCAUCACUGGACAACGUGGCCACAGCAGUUCUAAGCCCAGUAGCUCCAUCCCAGACUACAUCUUUGUCCCCUUCCACUACUUUCCUUAAGUCACAUAGGCGAGCGGCAUCCUGUGGCACCACCUUCCCCCCAGACUCAUCACCUGUGAAACAGGCAGGGUCAGAGUGCAGAAUAAUCCGAGUACGAAUGGAGAUUGAAAACGGGAAUAUGUACAAAAGCAUACUGGUAUCCAGUCAGGAUAAAACACCAGCUGUGAUUCAGAAGGCACUGGAGAAGCACAACCAAGAGAAACAGAGUUCAUCAAGCUAUGAGCUUGUGCAGGUCAUAUCUGAUGAGAAAGAACUAAAUAUCCCUAGCAGUGCCAAUGUCUUCUAUGCAAUGAACUCCACCAGCACUGAUUUUGUUCUCCGUCGCAAGGGGUUACCUAUUACACCAAAGCUGAAGAAGAACGAGUUGAGUGCCACAUUUCCCAAAAUAAAGUCGAAGGGCAUGAGGCUUGCCAAAUCUUUGUUUUAAUGUAGAACAAAGGAACAAUGCUGAAAACUUGAAAUAAGGUAAAUUCUUUGGGAAUAAAAGAAGAUGUAUAAUUUGGAGCAUUUGUAGUUGCCUCGAAGUCCCUCAGUGCCUUGUUAUUGACUAUGGCUCUAUGGCGGAAGCAACUGAACAUUCCCCAAAGAAAGUAUAGCAUAUAAGGGCUGCCUGGAGGCAUGAAACUUCAUAAAAAAUGAACCAAGUACAUACUGACUUGUAAAAUUUCAUACACAUUGCUGCCCCGCAAAUGCAAUAGUCUUCAUGUUGUAUGGACCAAGAAAAAACAGUUGGGGGAAAAUAAACAAAAACACAGCUUGGCUGCAAAACUGCAAGACUUCCCUUGUAAUCUGGAGAACAGUUCCCGAAAUGGUGCUUUGGCAAACCUCUGGCAAAAUAGAAAUGGAUGACUCUGGCAUACUAGAGCAGCAGCAGCUCAUUACGAGCUGAUGAAGACCAGCUCUGUCAAUUAGCAUGUGAUCCACACAGUGAGACCUGCAGGGCAGGAUAAAUGAAGGGAACCUGUUACUACCUCAGCACCCUCAACUGUCACACAGCCUGGUUACAGACAAUGGGAGUGGGCAUUUCAUUCCAUGUGCCUGAGGACCUCAGCAAAUGUUUCUGCAUUCUGUAGUAAAAGCGAACAUAUUUCCACAGUGCCAAUGUAUGUUUUGGUGAAUCAAGGCGCUACCAUAUCAGUUAUUUGACACAUUAAAUGAUAGGCAGUUUUGCUGAGCUGCAUGUACUGCAUCACUCUGAAAUGUCUGUGUUUAUAUCCACAGGAAUGAGGAAAGGAACCCAAAUGUUUAAUCCCAGGCAGCAGGCAUUUCCAGGAACUCAAGAACAGUGUAAAGACAAGCUCCUGUGAUCCACAUAAAGGAACCUGGCUGUUGCACAUAAAAAAACUGUUGUCUGCAUCAUCAGGACCAAGGUGUUUUUGGAUACACAGCCAUCCAUUGCCAUGCACAGGUCACAUGCAGCAUCCAUGCAGUGCAUACCUUGAAUGAAAGCAAUGCCUGAAAAUAACCUUAUGAUACUUUUGAUGCACAGACAGAGCCCACACAUAGCAGCUCAUGAACUGGAUUCUCCUCUCUGAGUUUGACUGUGCUGCUAUAUUUACAAACAUUGUUUAUCUUUCUAUUUUGAGAGAAAUAAAACCAAAAAUAUUUAUAGUUUUACAACACUAAAAUAAAGCACUACUGUGACACACUA